AAUACCCCAUCAUCCCACCUUUAAACAAAAGACCCAAGCCUCAUAGGCACCAGGCAAUGCAGGCACAUUAUAGCAACCAGCAAGUUGCCUGAAUCGUACGGAUAAGAUGCAUUCAACUGAUACUAAAAAGAUCAAAAUACAGGUUUCAUACAAAGAACUUCACAAAACACUAUUCGAGAACUGUUAACAUGACACUUAAUUUUUACUUGAACAGUUACAAUUGUGCAACACAUAUGUUUAAAGAGAAGAAAAAAUUGGUAUGCCAGGCAAUGUGGUCCCACCAUCAACAAUGAAAAUGUUGCCAGACACAUAUGCAGAAGAAUCAUGGAUUAGGUAUCGGACAAGCGAGGUUAAUGCUGGAUCAGUGGUGCCAGACGUUCUUAAAGGGACAGUCCUCAAAACCACAUUUCUCAACCAGUCUUUCUGCAUAAGAGCAUUUGUGAUCUCCGAUUUGAAAAUUCCAGGUGAUAUUGAAUUCACUCUGAUUUUAUGCACCCCCAAUUCCAAAGCCAUGAUCUGGAUAUCUUCAUUGUCAUUUUCUAUUCUCCAAGAUGAAAUAAGUACAUAUUGAAUCAAAUAUAAACAUAUUUAUCAUCACAGCGUAAGUCUUUCAACAGUCAAUUCUAAUUCUAUCUCACUUACCCUCACUGACAAAAAACACCUGGCUUCUACCACCAUGAGAAAGCAAAAAGUAUUGUCAAUUGUGAAAGAAUAACUAUAACUGGUAUGAAAAACAAUCUAACAUAGAGGCCUUGUCCUCCUUAAAUGCAUACCCUUAUCACUCCGACUUGGUAAUAUUGUAAAAGCUACGCUUUGUGAAGAAUAAAGUGAAUUUUGAAAAUAAUAAAGUGAAUUUUGAAAAUAAUAGAAACUAUGCAGAAAUAUUCGACUAGAAUAUGCAACGCAAGAUAAGUAAACUGCAGUUCGCAGGUCUGACAACAUUACCAACCAUUUCAUUAUUUAAUUGGACGGCGGCAUAUAAUUGUGCAUAAUCAAAUGUCUAAAAAAUGAAUCUAAUGACUAUGAAACCAUUAUUAAGUAUUUACAAUGGAUAAACAAAUAAACAAUCUUUAGCUACUUAUAAAACAUACACCUGCUAUCAAGAUUUAAUAUAUAUGGUGUAGUCGAAUAUACUUAACUUUCAAAUUUUGUUAUAUACUUCUAUCAAACCCAGAAACUACCAAAGAUAUUUGUAACCACCAUUUCUUUGUUCCUAGAGCAACAUCUUACACUUUUCCUAUUUCAAAUAAUUCCCCUUUGUAGCACACUGCCAUCUUAAAGAUACUACCACCAUGACAUACUCAAUGCUUACAAAUGUCCACCAUAAGGAUUUCAUAACCAUGCAUCAAUCUAUGUCAAACAAUGCAACCAUCACGUUUAAACAACAAAUAACUCCGUGUAAUGUUUUACCCUUGUCAUGGUGUUUACACCUGCCUUUGCAGAAGCAUAGGCAACAGCCCCUGGUGAUUGCCCACGAUUAAGGCCAGUAAUGGAUGAAAUGUUGAUCACUGAUCCCCCUUGAUUUGCAUCACGCA